AUGGCACCCGGGCACCUCAACAAACGACUCAAAAAUCGCACAGGACUCACCUCGCAGAAAAUUCGCCAUGAAGUCCUAGGUUCAAAACAAAUUGCUGAACGAGCAGCAGGUGUAAGCGUGCGCAAGAAGAGCCGAAUGAAAGUACUGAGCGCAGAGGAAAAGCGCGCCCUUGAAGCAUUGCGACAAAGUCGCAAUGCUUCUGACUUCGGUGAAUGUGGGUUCGACGGGGACGAUGACUUCGGCGCGAACGUCCUGGAUGGCUCUGAGCCAAUAGAUAUUAGUCAUGUGGGCGGUGAGCUACAAGAACUCACUCGAAAACUUGUGGGUGACUUCUGGAAAAUAAACACAGGAAAGUCUUGUAAUCGUCGCACGGACUACAGGACCAGACGUGACAGGACUAGGCGCCGUACACAGGCCUUUGACACCCAAAUGUCAGCAUUAAUAGACGCUUACAUGGACUGGCACCUUGUUCAUAGCACGUUGGACGGGCGAGGUUUCUUUUCUCGCUACUCGGAUGUUCAAGACAUGAAUGCAGGGUCGAUUGAGAUAAAGGUAGUAGAUGUAUUUUACGCUGAAAGAAUACCGCUUGGUAUUCUUUCAACAGACACCUUCAUCGCGUCUGCACUCGUAUGCCAAGGCGUGAUCCCUUGUUCUCCUAUCAGCCCAACAACCGCAAUAACAAUGGAGGCCCUCGAUUUCUAUCGGAUCGCAUGUCAGCGCAACCCGCAUUUCUCAAUUCAGGCCUACGUGAGGACGUUAUGUGACCUGCAAGGUGUUCAAUUCUAUCCAUACUUGUCGCGUCAAUUUUCCAUCGCGCUUGACGUUUACUUACAAAUUCUCGCCAAUGUUGACUCACUGGUUCACCAAGCGAUCAGCCGCUCCGAUCCAAUUUGGCGCCUGAAGCACGCAUGUCCAGCGUGUACAUACACGCUCAAAGGUGAAGUACCUUUGAAAUUCAGCCUACUCUACACUAUGGACGGCAAUGAUUCGCUGAAGCGAGUUUUAAAAAAACUUGACUCAGACGAUGACAACGACAACGCGCCUCCACGCUCUGCCGAACUCCCUUCUACGCAGGUGGUUCGAGGUGACCGGUGUAGAGAAUCAUGCCUCUCAUGGCGUGAUAUGCUAUCUCUAUAUGAGGCGCAGCUUUCCCACGCAACGCGCGCCAUGCGCGCACCAUUCCCGCGCUUCACGAUGUAUACGCGCGCGCGCGUUCCUGCGCUUGCGCGCCCUAUAGCGCCAGCCAUCCAGAUGCAUCCAUCCACUGUCCACCAAGCUCCCUAUUUCUCACUCAUAUAUAUUUUUACAUACCUACUCGGUAGCGCUUCGGCUCCGCAUGAGCGCGCUUAG